GCAUAUUCUCCGCGAUUUGCCCCGGUUCACUUGGACCUGGUCCAUGCAAUGAUUUCCCCAUCACCGGGGAAGGGACCAUGUUGAUUCCACGAACAUCCUAGGGAGUAGAUACAGUGGAAGCAUUUGAUCGCACGUGUGUGAGUAGAAGUCCGUUGUGGACGGGGCUAAGUCAAAGGAUAGCGUUGCGGGGGAAUCCGCUUCCGUCACCCCCUCCGCGUCCGCAUCAAGCCAGACGGACGAAGUGACGCGAACAGGGAACGCCAACGCGGUAUCCACCCACGUUGGGUCCCAGCCAUCGCGACCCUCCCAUUCAAAUCCAACGGUCCUCUUUCAUCCCUCUCUUGUAUAAAAGCAAAGAGUCUACAAAACCCCUUUCGUUUCAUACAUGGGCUGGUCAACUCCAACCCCCUCUCUUCUUUUCUUCUCUGCGCAACUCCCAUCAGAAGAGUCCAGAUCCGAGAUCUUUCCCCGUCCCUGCCUCACAAUUCUCCUUCCCAGAAGCUUCCGCUUUGUUCGCCCCCAAUUAGUAGAAAAGGUUACUACCGCCAGCUACUGUGACCGACCAGAGCAGUAACUACCAUCUUGGUUUAAGAAUAAGAAUCAGUAAUAUUCUCAUACCAUGAGGGGGGGAAGAAGAGGCUGCCACCCACAGAAUGGGAAAGCGAGGCGGCGGCGCCGGAGACCUCCUCCUCGGUGGCCAGCAAGAGGCCUAAAGUGCCAGCUCUUACUGGUGUUAUAGUAGAAGCGCUGAAGAUGGAUGGCUUGCAGAGGCUCUGCUCCACUCUAGAGCCUCUUUUUCGCCGGAUCGUCAGUGAAGAAGUGGAGCGUGCAUUGACAAAAUCAAGCUGUGCCAGUUUGACCGGAAGCAGGUCCUCCCCCCUGAGAAUAGACGGACCAGGGGGGAGGAAGCUGCAACUUCAUUUCAGAUCAAGGAUGCCCCCUCACCUAUUCACUGGAGGAAAGGUAGAGGGGGAACAGGGUGCAGCGAUCCAUGUUGUGCUGCUGGAUGCAAACACUGGCAUGGUUGUCCCAUCAGGGCCUGAAUCGAUGGCUAAACUAAAUGUAAUGGUGCUGGAAGGUGACUUCAAUGAUGAAGCUGAUGAUGAUUGGUCCCAAGAGCACUUUGAAAGCUAUGAAGUGAAGGAGCGUGAAGGAAAGAGGCCACUUCUCACUGGGGACUUGCAGGUAACUCUCAAAGGAGGAGUUGGCACCCUGGGAGAACUGACCUUCACAGACAACUCUAGCUGGAUAAGGAGCAGAAAAUUUAGAAUUGGUUUGAAACUGGCUGAUGGUUAUUGUGAUGGCAUUCGCAUUCGUGAGGCUAAGACUGAGGCAUUUGCCGUAAAAGAUCACAGAGGAGAAUUAUACAAGAAACACUACCCACCUGCCUUACAUGAUGAGGUAUGGAGAUUGGAAAGAAUAGCAAAGGAUGGAGCACUGCACAAGAAGUUGGUAAAUGCCAAUAUAUUAACUGUUGAAGAUUUCCUCCGAUUUCUUGUCAGAGAUCCACAGAGAUUAAGAAAUGUACUUGGAAGUGCCGUGUCCAAUAAGAUGUGGGAGAACACAGUGGAGCAUGCCAAGACUUGUGUGCUAGGUGGGAAGCUUUAUGUAUACUACUCUGAUGAAACAAGAAGCAGUGGAGCUGUUUUUAACCACAUUUAUGAGCUUAGGGGACUUAUUGCAAAUGGCCAGUUUCUCUCUGUUGAAUCACUUUCUCAUGAUCAAAAGUACAAUCUAAAACAGGUCUCAGUUGAUCUGUUAGUCAAGAGAGCAUAUGAUGACUGGAACCAUGCCAUAGAGUAUGAUGGCCAAGACCUGCUGAAUUCUGUAAAGAGUAGUCAAAAGGCACAACAUCCACCCACCACAGACUACAACUCCCCCCUUGGCAUGAGCCAUUGUCUCAUGCCAACAGCACACCCUGAAGGCUACCAUUCAUCAAGCUCUGGAACUUGUCUCCAGAAUGAAGGAACUCACAGUAAUCACUCAGCCCUGCUAGCUCUUGCAACCCCACAAACAUCAUAUGGCGGUGCUUGUACUUCAGGAGAAUGGCCACAUGUGCAAGAAGAGCAGAAUUUCAAUGAUUACAUGGAAGAGAUUCGCAUCAGGAGUUUGGAGAUCUUAGAACAUGGUGACAUGCAGUGCUUGCUGAGCUCCUUUAAUACAAAUGGAGUCGGAGUUUUUGGUAGUUCCAGUGAGGCUCAUUAUUCUUAUCCUAGUGCUCACUUUGAGCCUCAGAGUGAGUGCAUGUUUGGGCAGGAGCAUAACCGAAAUAAUGCAAAGGCUGCGAUAAGUUGGCUUAAGCUGAAAGCAGCUUUCAGAUGGGGCAUCUUCGUUAGAAAGAAAGCUGCAGAGAGGAGAGCUCAGCUGGUGGAGUUGGAUUGAAUAAAGAUGAUAAGUAUUGACCAUCCUCUCCUCUUCUAUCUGAGUCUUCUGUAUUCAAGUCUCCUGUAGGAGAAAUGAUAACAUUGACAGUCUCUCUUAAAGACUGGAUGAUUGUCAGAAAUCAGAGAAUAUAGCUCACAACUAGCCUGUUGCCUAUAUAUGAGCCUAACUAGUUGCCUAGAGAUGAUACCAGGCAGCCUUCAGUCAGUCUGAGCCUAUUCUCAUGACCCAUGUUCUCUUCCUAAUAGUAUCACUUUGAUUUGGUGAAGACUCCUGUUCUCACUAUGGUAUAUUAAUUUGCUGAUUGUUGAAGUUUUGAGGUUGAAGCCAGAAAACUUUUAGGUGUUUUGUUGUGGAUAUUGUGCUGUUUCGUGAUUGCAUGUAUGUGCUCUGUUCCUUUGUAAAUUUGACUGUGGAAGCUACCUCAGCUUUGUAAUAAGAGUGUUAAUCAUUUCAGUUCAUUACUUGGUAUCCUUUAAAA